GCGGAGCUGGUGGCGGUGACAGGCGGCGUGCCGGUGCUCCACCAUGGAGCCCGCCGUGUCUCUGGCCGUGUGCGCGCUGCUCUUCCUGCUCUGGAUCCGCGUGAAGGGGCUGGAGUUCGUGAUCAUCCACCAGCGCUGGGUGUUCGUGUGCCUCUUCCUGCUGCCUCUGUCGCUCAUCUUCGACAUCUACUACUCCGUGCGUGCCUGGCUGGUGUUCAAGCUCAGCAGCGCGCCGCGGCUGCACGAGCAGCGCGUGCGGGACAUCCAGAAGCAGGUGCGGGAAUGGAGGGAACAGGGCAGCAAGACCUUCAUGUGCACGGGGCGCCCUGGCUGGCUUACCGUCUCCCUGCGGGUUGGCAAGUACAAGAAGACUCACAAAAACAUCAUGAUCAACCUGAUGGACAUUCUGGAGGUGGACACCAAGAAACAGAUUGUCCGUGUGGAGCCCUUGGUGACCAUGGGUCAGGUGACCGCCCUGCUGACCUCCAUUGGCUGGACUCUGCCUGUGCUGCCCGAGCUCGAUGACCUCACAGUGGGGGGCUUGAUCAUGGGCACGGGCAUCGAGUCCUCCUCCCACAAGUACGGCCUGUUCCAGCACAUCUGCACCGCCUACGAGCUGGUCCUGGCUGAUGGCAGCUUUGUGCGAUGCACACCAUCAGAAAACUCCGACCUGUUCUACGCCGUGCCCUGGUCCUGUGGGACCCUGGGCUUCCUGGUGACUGCCGAGAUCCGCAUCGUGCCCGCCAAGAAGUACGUCAAGCUGCGGUUUGAGCCAGUGCGAGGCCUGGAGGCUAUCUGCGACAAGUUUGCCCAGGAGUCCCAGCGGCCGGAGAACCACUUCGUGGAAGGUCUGCUCUACUCCCUGGAAGAGGCCGUCAUCAUGACGGGGGUCAUGACGGACGAGGCAGAGCCCAGCAAGCUGAAUAACAUUGGCAGUUACUACAAGCCGUGGUUCUUCAAGCACGUGGAGAACUACCUGAAGACAAACCGAGAGGGCCUGGAAUACAUUCCCCUGAGGCAGUACUACCACCGCCACACGCGCAGCAUCUUCUGGGAGCUCCAGGACAUCAUUCCCUUCGGCAACAACCCCAUCUUCCGCUACCUCUUCGGUUGGAUGGUGCCUCCCAAGAUCUCCCUCCUGAAGCUGACCCAAGGCGAGACCCUGCGCAAGCUGUACGAGCAGCACCACGUGGUGCAGGACAUGCUGGUGCCCAUGAAGUGCCUGCAGCAGGCCCUGCACACCUUCCACAAUGACGUCCAUGUCUACCCCAUCUGGCUGUGCCCCUUCAUCCUGCCCAGCCAGCCAGGCCUGGUGCACCCCAAGGGAGACGAGACAGAGCUCUACAUCGACAUUGGAGCGUAUGGGAUGCCCCGCGUGAAGCACUUUGAAGCCAGGUCCUGCAUGAGGCAGUUGGAGAAGUUCGUGCGCAGCGUGCAUGGGUUCCAGAUGCUGUAUGCCGACUGCUACAUGAACCGGGAGGAGUUCUGGGAGAUGUUUGACGGCUCCCUGUACCAUAAGCUGCGGAAGCAGCUCGGUUGCCAGGACGCCUUCCCCGAGGUAUACGACAAGAUCUGCAAGGCCGCCAGGCACUGAGCCCGAGCCCGCCCCAGAGAGACGGGCACAGCAGACCCUGGCCCCAGGGCGAGGAGGCAUCUUCCCUUCACAAGCUUGGCUGUCUUCCAGAUCCACUCUUUUGAAACCCCACCAGAAAUCCCACCCAGACAACCCCUCCGGCUUGCUCCCUGCUUGCAGGGGCAGCCUAGUGGAGUGGAAAGGACAUGGGAUUUGGAGUCAGACAAACCUGAGUCCACUUCUCAGUUCAGCCACUCAUUAGCUGUGUGACUCUGGGCGAGUCACUCAACCCCUCUGAGCCCAGCUCUUCAUCUGUUGAAAGGGGGUAACAAUAUCUUCCUGCAGGCUGUUGUCAUCCAAGCCCAGUGCCUGUCGCACUGGAGAUGCUGGAUAAGUGGUAGCUGCUAUUACUGCUUCUCGUUCAGCAUUACCCCUGACUGAGGUGCUCUGGAUUCAGCAGGUGAGGCCGAAAGGCUCCACGUUAGGUCACCUGGGCACAGGUUUGGCUGGAACGAUGAAGGGGAUGCCCCGGAGUUGCACUGCCUCUGCGUCAGCCGGCAAGAAGGGCUCUCAGACAGGAGGAAGGAAGGUUCCUCUCCAUCCCUGGGUCUCAGGAGGGCGGGCACAUGGGGCGGGCAGGCCCCAGACGUGCUGUGCCAAAGCCAGGUCCGAUUCCAAAGUUCUCUCUGCCAUCUUUGGCGACGUCCUGCCCCUUCCUCCUUCACACUCAGCCUUCUGGCCCAACUAGCCAUUGCCCAAGUCUCCUCAGGACCGUGUCCUUGGAGAAGACAUUUCAGGGUUGAAUCCUGUCCCUGCCCGGGGGCAUGAGUGGUUUCUGCCCUGAAUUGGAUCCAAAGGACCUGGGCUCAUUCUUAGCUCUCCAACCCUUCAGGCCUCUUGUCCCCAGAACCUGCUUAGUCAGGAUGGGGAAGGUAUGGGUCACACCAAGCAGGAAAAUGGAGCCUGUCAUUGUCAGGUCUCAUGAGGAUUCUCACUGCGGGGCUGAAAGAAAAGAGCAUCAACUUGAUUUCUCGAACCACUCAUCCCUCUUUUUUUCUUUCUUCCCCUGCCCCCAGCUAUAGUUAAUUUUAGUGCCUUACAAAUCCUAAGCUCAGAGAAAAGUAAGCGCCGUUUCCAUUUCAGAGGGAAGGGAACCUCCCCAGGUCCUUCCCCACUUAUUAAAGCUUGGUUGUUUAUGCAACUCCAUCUUAAGAACUGCCCAGCCUCAGCUGAGAACCCAGAAUCUGAGAAAGAAUCGUGUCAUGUAAGAGAAGCCGGAAUUAAGUGGGUGGUGUCAGGCAGUGACAUUCUGAGAGAGAGAGCAUUGCACCAGGAGUCUGGAGACCUGGGUUUCAGUCCUUGCUCUGUUGUCAACGAGCUGUGCAAAUGUGGGCAAGUCAUUUGUCCCUCCGAGCUGCAUUUCCUCAUCCAUCACAUGCGUACAGACAAGACCUCCCCAGGGCCCUUCUGCUGUAGACGUGCAUGGCUGUCUUAGACACAGUGGUUGCAAAAUCCUGUGAAAAGCCUCAUUUGUGUCAGAGGAAAAAUAAAUGAUCCAAGUGGA